AUGGCCCGCAUCAACAUCCCCAUUGACGUCUUGACGUCGCGCCUCAACCUCGGCGACCGUUUCUCCGGCCUCACCUCCGGCAGUCUGGGCUCCAGGUUCGCCAACAUCCGGCCCCUCUCCGAGUUCUUCGACCUGAAGCGCGUCUCCAAGCCCCAGAACUUCGGCGAGGUCCAGUCGCGUCUGAACUACAACAUCAGCUAUUUCUCCAGCAACUAUGCCGCCAUCUUCGCUAUGCUCGGGGUCUACGGCCUGCUGACCAACUGGUGGCUGCUGUUCGACAUCAUCUUCGUCGGUAUCGGCAUGUUUGUCAUCCGCAAGCUCAACGGCCAGGACCUCGUCAUUGGCAACUUCCGCGCCACAACUUCCCAGUUGUGGACCGGCAUACUGGUCAUUGCCAUUCCCGUGGCUCUGAUUUCGUCGCUCUUCUCCCUCUUCGCGUGGUUGAUUGGCGCCAGCGGCCUGACCAUCCUCGGUCACGCUGCUUUUAUGGACAAGCCCAUCGAUGAGGCUUUUUCAGGGGAGGCGGACCUGGCGGGCGAGCAGCAGCAGCAAGAUAUGUGGGGAAUGGCCCGGCGUCUCGUGGAGGAACUGGACAGCGAUGACACGGAUACACAGGGCGUUGGUUUGGCUUCUGCAACGGGUACUAGACGGUUUGUUAGCGAUCCAUUGAAUUUCACGGGCAUUGAUCUGGGCGAGGGUCCCUCGUCGACGGCGGCCGCCGUGCCGCGGCAGCGUGCGUCUUAUGCACACCCCUUCUCGGACGACGAGGGCGACUCGACGUCAGAGGAGGAUUCGGGAGAAGACCUGGAGGAUGAUGGCGAACUGGGCCUUGCGAUGGCGCGGGACGAGGAGGAGGCCCUUGUCGAGUCGGCGCUGGCACGAAUACGCAGGGCGCAGGCCAAGGGCCGGAAAGAGGUCAAGCUCAAUAAGGAGGAGCUGGCCGCACUCGAACGGCGGCGGGAACGGAUGCAGAACGAAGAGGCUCAGCGUAGGAGGCGCAAGGAGAAGGAGCAGCGGUUCGCCGUGCCCAUCUCCCAGCUCGAGCCCUCUUCGCGCAAGCAAACGAAGAAGAAGUCCUCGAAGCAAGCUUCUCCCACCAAUUCGGAUGACGGCCUGCCCAACCACCCCACGCCGGGCACUUUUAGGAAGAGCACCGACUUGGAAAACUACCCUCCCAUCGGCUAUUUCCCGCCGCCCAACGCGUCUCGAUCUCGGCCUCGAUCCGGCACAGCUGCUUCCUACCGGCCUCCGAGCCGUGGACACCGCGAGCGCAGCGACUCGCCAUUCAACUAUGCCUACGUCAAUCAGCAAGCCCCAGGGAACCCGCGCCACGUCUCGGACACCACCACCGCCUCGCGGCCUCGCUCCUCUCUUGGAGCGAUGCCCCACGAGGAACGUUGGGUGCCCAACCUCGGCGCCUCAGCGUCGGCUCCCUCGGUGCAAUCUUCUCGCGUGCAGCAGCAACCGCAAUUCGACCCGUUCCAAUACAUGACGGGCGGGCCGCGGACUCCCUACCACGCCCCCGGCGUUGCCUCACGGCGGCACAUGUCGGGCCCGCCUGGCAGCCAGGGCGACCCCGGCGGCUAUCUCGCCCCGCGGGGCUACCCACGCGCCGAUAGAAGCGGCAGACGGGUGCAGUCGAUGGGCGCUGCCGAUGAGACGACGAGCGAGGAGGAGGACGAGGAUGAUGACGACGAUACCACGAGCGACGAGCUGAAUCACGGUGCCAGAGUGCGGGACCGGCCGCGCAGCCGUGAGGAGAUCGAGGUCAUUGAAGUGGAGCGCAGUCCCGAGCCAGAGCCGGAGCGGGAGGCGGCGCCUGUUAAGAGCAAGAAGUCGUCAAAUAGCUCGUCGCCGGUCAAGAGGAAGCCUGUUUCUGGCGGCGGUGGUGGGGGAAGUUCGAGUCGGAGGAGGAAGGGGAGGUAA